CAGUCUGCCAGUGUGUAGCGCGGAGUUCGCCAGUGACCGUCUCGCUCGUCCCACUCGGCCGGCCGUCCUCAGUUCGCAGAUGUCUUCAGCAACCUGUCAUGCAGUUGGCGGGAUGUCUGGCUCUGGUAGUGGCGGUUCUGGCAGUCAUCGUCCACUCCUGGAGGUUUGACCACAAGCCUAGAAUAUAUGGCGACAGACUACCUCGCAGAGUGUUGCUGCCCUCCCAGAGGCAGGUCCAAAGGAAGAUCAUCGUGUACCACAACUUCUUUCGCACCCGGGUCGACCCCAAAGCUUCCGACAUGCUGGCCCUGACUUGGCACAGAGAAGCGGCGAGAUCUGCCCAGGCGUGGGCAAACCGCUGUAAGCUGCUCGCCCACGACUCCAUCUCAGGCCGCUGGAUAGAUGACUUCGGGUCUUGCGGGCAGAACAUCUUCAUCAGCACCCACCGAGUGCCUUGGUUCUUUGCCAUCAAGACAUGGUUCUUGGAGCGGCACAACUUCACGUACGGCUCCAGGGGCAACUCGCUAAUGAAGGUGGGCCACUACACACAGCUGGUGUGGGCGGCCACACACAAGGUGGGGUGUGGCUUCUCCGAGUGUGGCGGCCACAAGAAGUACUUCAGCUACGUCUGCAACUACUGUCCCAUAGGCAACCACCUGGAGAGGCUAGGUCAGCCGUACAGCCGCGGUAAGCCGUGCAGUGGCUGUGCCAAGGACUGCAACCGACGAAGACUCUGCACCAACUCCUGUUGGGCCGCUGACCUCUGGGCCAACUGCCAGGAGCUGUAUCGUACUUGGCCCAACUGGCUGUGCCGCUCCCAACACACCAGCCAAGGCCGACAGCGCAGAGACAAUUGUAAGGCGACGUGCACCUGCGCUGGCAAGAUCAAGUGACUCGUUGAUCAUCACUUGGCACUCUUUGGUCACAACACUAAUCUUUACUGUUCUGGUUCCAGUUAUAACACUCAUAGCAAUAUCUGUUAGAGUUCCCACACAUAGAUUUUACGCAAACCACUUUAUUAAAUCAGCAAUGUAAGUGGACAUUUACCACAGUUUUAAUCUUGAUCAAGUGUCCAAAAAUCCUAAAAAAUAAAGUUAAAUGUACAAAAAAUUUAAUAAUUCUAUUAAAAAUAGUUUUUUUUAUUUGUUGUGUGCUUGACUGAUAUCUGAGGAUAUUUUAACACAUGAGGAAAAGGAUGGCUUCACUCUAAACGUAUUAUUACAUGUUUUUAUAAUUAUAACUGCGUAAAAUGAUCCCAACACUGUUUUCCUUUAAACCAUUCAUUCAUUGCCACUGACAAACUUCAAAUAAAGAAAUGUGUGGCUGAGACAACAACUUGAUACAUUUUCCAUUCAAACUGAUUAUAUUAAACAGUGUGUCCCAGAAAUCUAAGCAUAAAGGCAUAUCACGUUGCUUAGGUGAAGAUUUAACCACCACGAACAUGGAUCUAUGCCGAUUAAUUCUCCUCAUCUUUCUGUCUGUAUUUGUGGAAAAAAAUAUAAAAUCUUACCAAACUCUC